AUGGAAAGGAAGCUGCGUCAGCACCCCAAACUCUCCGCGCAGUAUAAUGACUUUUUGGCGGAAUAUCUCGCUUUGGGACAUAUGAGCGCGAUCGAAAAUCCCUGCGACACCGCUCUUACGCCCGUGUACAUUCCGCAUCAUUCGGUUUUACGCGAAACGAGUAGUACCACGAAGUUACGCGUCGUUUUUAACGCCUCGUGCAAAACGACGAACGGCACGUCGCUUAACGACCAUCUGUUGGUCGGACCGAAGUUACAGCAAGCCCUCCCCGCUAUUCUGCUGCGCUGGCGGCAGUGGCGUUUUGUUUAUGCAGCAGACAUCGCCAAGAUGUUCCGGCAAAUCCUCGUGAAUAAUCUCGAUACCGACUUCCAACGAAUUCUCUGGCGUCCGUCCUGCGACACGCCGAUCACGCAUUUCCGGCUUUUGACCGUAACGUACGGGCUCGCUCCCGCUCCGUAUCUCGCGAUGCGCGUUUUGAAACAAUUGUCGUUAGACGAAGGGUCCGACUAUUCGGCGGCCGUCCCGAUAUUACGCGACUCCGUCUACGUCGACGACGCGCUAUUUGGUGGAGAUGACGUCGCGUCGCUGAUGGAAUGUCGCGAACAAUUGACGGGACUCCUUCAGCGAGGGGGCUUUCAAUUACGGAAAUGGGCGUCAAAUUCGCCUGAAUUACUGCGUGAUUUGGCAACGCGUCAAACCGACAUGGAGGAUCACCUCCUUCAGCCGGACGAGACCCUUAAGGAAUUAUGGUUAACCCAAUCCGAUUUGGACACCCCUCUCCUUGACGAACUGCGUCAGCAGUGGGAGGCAUAUUAUAAUAAUUUAGAGACACUAAACGGUAUCCGGAUCCCUCGUUGGACCGGUCGACGAGGUAACGAAGUCGCCUUUGAACUACACGGUUUCGCGGAUGCCUCAAACCGAGCCUACGCCGCCGUCGUUUACAUUCGCAUUCUUCACAUGCAUGCGGACGUUCUGUCUGUCUACUCGCCGCGAAAACUAAAGUCGCGCCUCUUAAGACUCAGCAUACCGCGACUCGAACUGAACGCUAUCGUAUUGCUGAGUCGAUUGAUUAAGUGGGUUCAGACGACCCUAAGUUCGCCCUCCGCGUCAGUGUUCGGCUGGUCAGAUUCGGCGGUCGCGCUAGCAUGGCUACGCCAGCACCCCGCGAAGUGGCAAACGUUCGUAGCCAAUCGCGUGUCCGAGGUGCAACGUACCCUGCCGGAGGCGCGCUAG